AAAAUGACCAUUAGCAUAAUUGAAAAGUGAAAAUCAAACAAAAAUGAUAAUGUUCAAAGCAAUCGUUUUGUUUGGUAUCGUAUCGAUCAUUUCUGCCCAAAUGAUCAUCGAUAGUAAACGUUCUGGUUCCGGUGGUUUUGUUGGUCAUAGAAUAGUUUCAGGUGGUGGUUUUACUGGCAAUACUGGUUUAAUAUCCGGUGGAGGAUUUGUUGGUCAUCAAAAUGUUCCAGUGGUAACAAGUGGAGGUUUUGUUGGCCAUGGCAGUAAUAUUCAAUCAUUUCCUUCGAAUGGACGAUAUUUUUAUGCCACUCCAAUGGGACAUUCAUCGAAUAUUCCUUCAUACAUUGAACGUCGACAAACAAUUAUGCCAGUGGGAUCAUCACGAAUUAUGCCUAGUUCGAUUUCAUCUACUCAAUUUGGAUCAUCAAUUUAUCCAUACAAAUCAACGAUUGCUACUCAACCAUCAUCUUUUCGACGAUUUCGUCGUAGUAUUGAUGGACUUCCUACCCAUGAUCGAUCACCGACCGUAUACUAUGGUAUUCGACAACAGAAUGGCCAACAACAAAAACAACAAUCAUCAUCAUCAUCAUAUGGUCAAUCAUCAAUGAGCGGAUAUACUGGAUCCAGUUAUGAUUAUGGUUAUGGUUCAGCUGAUGAAACCGUUCCAAAACCAUAUCAAUUUUCAUUACAAAGUCAAGAUGAUGGUACUGGUAGUGCUAAUUGGUAUCAACAAGAACAAUCAAAUGGUGACGGUGUUGUUGUUGGUUCAUAUACUAUUCAAGAUCCAAUAACCGGUAUAAUGAGAAUUGUAAAUUAUCGUGCCGAUGAUGAUGGAUUUCAUGCUGAAAUUCAAUCCAAUGAACCGGGUGUUGUUGAUUCUGAUCCAGCUAAUGCAUCCAUACGAACUAUUAUGAAUAAUGUUGGCACUGUAAAUUCUGGAUAUUCAUCCGUCAGUGGACAACAACAACAGCAGCAACAACAACAACGUGUUGAUUAUCAACAAUAUAAACAACAAUCGUAUGGUGUACCAACGUAUUAAAAAUUAACAUGAUGAUGAGAUGAUCAAAUUUUGAUUUACAUUGAAAAAUCAAAUUAUUUAAAAUAAUAAUAAAGUAAUUCG